AUGCAGCUGAACAACAUGUCUCACCUUCCUGCCGAGCCCGAGUUUGAGCAGGCUUACAACGAGCUCGCCAGCACCCUCGAGAACAGCAAGCUCUUCUCUGAGAAGCCCGAGUUCCGCACCGCCCUCGCUGUCGCCGCCAUCCCCGAGCGCAUCAUCCAGUUCCGCGUCACCUGGAGUGACGACAAGGGCAACGUCCAGGUCAACCGCGGAUUCCGUGUCCAGUACAACUCUGCCCUCGGCCCUUACAAGGGCGGACUCCGAUUCCACCCCUCGGUCAACCUGUCCAUUCUCAAGUUCCUCGGCUUCGAGCAGACCUUCAAGAAUGCCCUGACUGGCUUGAACAUGGGUGGUGGCAAGGGUGGUGCCGACUUCGACCCCAAGGGCAAGUCUGAUGCUGAGAUCCGCCGCUUCUGCCAGGCUUUCAUGAAGGAGCUCUCCCGCCACAUCGGCGGCGAGACCGAUGUCCCCGCUGGUGAUAUCGGUGUUGGUGGCCGCGAGAUCGGUUACCUCUUCGGUGCCUACCGCACCAUCCGCAACCGCUGGGAGGGUGUCCUCACCGGUAAGGGCCUCACUUGGGGUGGUUCCCUGAUCCGCCCUGAGGCCACUGGCUUCGGUCUCGUCUACUAUGUUGGCCACAUGCUUGAGCACGCCGGCCGUGGCACUUUCGAGGGCAAGCGCGUCGCCAUCUCCGGCUCCGGAAACGUUGCCCAGUACGCCGCCCUCAAGGUUAUGGAGCUCGGCGGUACCGUCGUCUCCCUGUCCGACUCCAAGGGUGCCCUGGUUGCCGGCGACUCCGCCAGCUUCACCCCCGAGCACAUCGCUGCCAUUGCCGAUAUCAAGAUCAACCGCAAGGCCCUGACCGACUUCAAGCACGACGGCCAGUUCACCUACCUCGAGGGCGCUCGCCCCUGGGUCCACGUCGGCAAGGUCGACAUUGCUCUCCCCUCGGCUACCCAGAACGAGGUCAGCAAGGAGGAGGCUGAGGCUCUCGUUGCCGCUGGUGCUUUCAUCGUCGCUGAGGGCUCCAACAUGGGCUGCACCCAGGACGCUAUCGACGUCUUCGAGGCCCACCGCAAGGAGAAGGGCACCGAGGCUCUGUGGUACGCUCCCGGCAAGGCCUCCAACUGCGGUGGUGUCGCCGUCUCCGGUCUUGAGAUGGCCCAGAACAGCCAGCGCCUCGCCUGGACUUCCGAGGAGGUCGAUGCCAAGCUCAAGGGCAUCAUGAAGGACGCCUUCAACGUCGGUCUCUCCGCCGCCCAGAAGUACGUCGAGGCCAAGGAGGGUGAGUUGCCCAGCUUGGUCGCCGGUUCCAACAUUGCCGGCUUCAUCAAGGUCGCCGAGGCUAUGCACGACCAGGGUGACUGGUGGGCGGACAACUAA